AUGCCCAUGCGCACCUCUGUUCAAAGUGAUUCCUCAUCUCCCGUCCAGUCAAUUCAAGGAUCACCUUCUGGUUUGCAUCGCAGAUCGAAUUCCGUAACGUGUCCAGCUGCAACCAGCGAACCGAGCUAUCGUCGCCUAAAGCGUAAUCGCCAUGGCAGUGGAACCUCUGUUAGUAGUCCUGAUAGCCAACCAGUCCCUCGAAAAUCCCGCCGAAAUCGAUCUUCUGCCGAGAAUAGCAUACAUGAAUCUCCUGAAAUUUCCGAACUAAUUUCCGAGAGGUCACGAAAGUGUUUCACGGAUUCUAGUGAAUCGGAUUCUAAUUCCCGCAUGGAGGUUUUAAAAACAGUAGUUCAAGAAGUAGUUGAUACUGAGGAUGUAUCGGGAACUCAAACGCCUCAAAGCAAUGAUGAGGAAGGAAAUAAUAGUGAAAAUGAUGACGAACAAGUCGCUAAGUUACCUCAUGAACCAGUUUAUGAUUCCUCUCCAGACUCGGCUCCGGUAGCUGAAAAUAAUUGUGGCAACGAUAACACGACAAACCAGAGAUCUCUUCUUAACUCCUCUCCGAAUCCUUCACAUCUUGCUGUUCCUCGUUCAAUUAGCUGUGAUCCUUCAAUCCCCUCUACAUCUUCUGAACCUUGUUCCAUUUUUAAAAAUGAUCCUUCUAUGGAUGUAGCAUUUAGGCAACUUCCUAAGACCAGUCUUUCAAGCUUUUCGUCUGUUACUUCCCUUAUUGAUUCCGUUAUGGAACCUUUCUCUAACACCCCUUCUCCUGUUAUCUUACAAGUACAGGAAAAAUCUGCCAAAACUGAUUCGGAUGAAUUCUGUAAUAGCAAAACUGGUGAUAUUACUUCUCAUCGAAAGUGUAAAAGAAAGUCUGAAUCGAUUACUUCUUCAAAACCUCCAAAAAUUGCACCUCCGUCAAUGUCAUCAAGUGGUGAUGAGAUAAGUGACAAUGGGGAAGUGCAUGUAUAUCCCCUUCGUUCUCGUCUACGUAUAGAACAACAAAGAAAAGAAUGGGAAGAUCGAUUAAAUCAACCACGAAAUCUUGAUACACUACCAAUGGAACUUAUUCUUAGGAUUGUGCAAUAUCUCAGUGUGCAAGAUCUUUUCGCCUUGCAGUGUUUGGGUACUCGUCUCCGACAUGCCUGCCGAUACCAUCUGUCUGGGCUCAGGAGGAUUAAUUUUAGUUCUGGUCUACCUUUCGCUUAUUUGCCUGAUAAACUGGAUGAUGCUGCUCUGAGCCAUAUUCUUCGAUGCACUCCCGAAGUGACCCACAUUUUGGGCUUCUAUCCUCGUAUAAUUUAUAAGGCAAGUUCGCCGGAGGUGAUAAAUUCAAGGCAUGCUCUCACUUACGAGGGAAUUCUCAGUGCUUUUCAAAGCUGUUCUAAACUACGCUCAGUUGAAUUGAUGGAUGUUGGUCUUAUGAGCCUUCUUGUGCGUCAGAUGCCUACUGUAAAAUUCCAUGGAAUGUUCCGGAAUCGACCGGACAGUUGGGAUAGUGAAUAUGCUGUUCCAUUGCCUCCUGAAAUUCCCUCAAGGCCACCGGUGAGUUUAAUUCAGCCCUCGGUAUCUUCAAACUUUAACGGUCCGACACAAUCUGUUGUGAGAUUUGUUAAUCAACAAGCUUCACGGAGUGCUCGUUUAGCAAGAUGGUUUGAACCAGUUACAGAAUCAUCAAUCAAUCAGGGUUCCCCUAUACCUCCGGUAUUUCCCAUCAUCCUUGCUCCUCGAAUAAUCCCACUGCAACAGGCUCUCCAUGAACAAGGCGGUUCCGAUGAAAAUAGUUUGCACAACUCUAUGCUGACGUUUGCUGUUGCCGCGGCUAAUAUUCAUCAAGAAAGUUCACAAAGUCGUUCUGAAUUCAGCCAAAGCCGAAGAUCUAGAUCAAGUGUGGGUUCUUCUCAUCGUCGUCAAACACUAUCAGAAUUCGCGCCCGUAGUCUCGGCAGCAGCAUCCGCUGCGGCUUUCGUGGCUCACGCUGAGGAGAAGCCACCUCCUUACCCCCCUGUUUCACCUUUCCACUUGACCAGAUCGAUGCCUAUUUCUCUUCCCGAGGCAAUUGUAAAUUUGACCAAGUUGGAUCUUGUAGCUGUACCUGUAACCAUUUUACCAAGGCUGGAUAAUGUUAAAUACUUACACUUGAAAUGGGUUCACUUCUCGGGCCAAGAUCCCUUCCUCCACUUCCAAGCUAGCAAACUGCAGUCCUUUGUGAUGAACAAUUGCGUGGGUCCUAGGCGCUACAUACGAUUUAUUCGUUUGUUUGUGUUUCUUACUCGGGCCGCACAAAUUAUGCGUUUGGAACUAGUUGGAACUCGUCUUGUCGAGGGUCUUUUUGAGCAGUUGAUCGACAGACAAGUUGUUGCCCCGUCACCAUGCUUCCGCAAUCUCCAACGUUUGGUGAUGACUGGCGACAGGGACAUAACUAUCUCCGAUGCGGGUUUAAUCCUUUUCUGUGCUCAACAGAGUCUUACGCAUUUGGCACUCCAAACCUUCCAUUCGGAUAACUCUCUCUUUGAGGCACUCAAUUUCGCUCGAGUUCGUCUCUCCCGGCUGGAAAGUCUUGUUAUCGGCUAUCAGGAUCCCUAUCUCUCGCGUCUCACUCCUGGAGAGAUCAAUGAUCUGGAUCUGUGUGACUCCCCUGAUUCCACGAGCCCUUUCUGCAAUAUUUCCGACCGUGGAUUAACUCUAGCUCUUUCUGUUUGUCCACGUAUCAACAGUCUAACUCUUCGUCAAGCACCCUACAUCACGCGUUUUCCGCGAAGUGAAGAAAUUCUUGCUUCUUUCCCUUCUCCCUCCUCGCCUACAAAUAAUCCGGGUUCGAAUCCAUCAGCACCGAUUCCUCCUACGGCUCCUACUUCGGUACCUUCUCAUCCAUCUCAGCAGUUCUAUGUUAAUGCCAUCAGCGCUCUUACAGCUCUGGGUCUACAGCCAAGUCAUUCAAAUGUACCUGCUCAACCACAGUUAGAAACGGCCCAGCACCGACAAAACCAACCUUCCAAUGCACAACAAAGAAGUCCUUCACCCAUCGGUUCCCAACUAAUUCUCAGGUUAGCAACAAUGCGUCCUGGAGUGCCAGUCAAGUCUCUUACUCUUGAAAAUUGUCCUGGAUUCGCGGCGAUUGAAUUAGAGAAUAUGAUAGCUAGAGGUGACCCAUUUGGUGUUUUGGAAUCUCUCAUUCUUCGUGAUAUGUUCCCUAUAACCAGGGCAAUGUAUAGCCAAACCGCUGUCUAUAAUUGGUCCUCUCGAUGGCUAUCUAACCCAAAUUCCACCGAAGUCGGACCUCUUUUCUCAUUCCUGGAUCAAGAAAAUGCGGACUAUCGGAAGCUUGGUCUUCUUCUAACUCUCUCUGAUCUACUUGCCUCAAGACUUAUUGCACAUCCUUCACUUGCUCAGUUUGGAAUUGGUAUGGGAACGUCCGUGAGGGACGUCGCUCAUGUGCCUGCUUUCCAAGGGGCCCGAGUCGUUGAUCUACCGAUUCAACCCUUCGAUAUCUUUUUUACCCUUCGCACACACACUUAUCUUACCUCUCUCCUUCAAAUGGAUGGUUCUGUGGGUAAUUUGCUGCGAAUUCCUCGUCUUCUCUAUGGUAGUAUCCAGACAAGUCCUCCAGAAACCAUGGACGAAGACUUGGAUGAAACUUGUUUUGCUUCUAGAGCCACACAAACUUGUAUUUGUGGUCUUCUAGAAUGGGACUUUUUCCAUCGAAUAUGUGCGGAAGGAACUGGUGAAUGGGAGAUUUCACCAUCUAAACGGACUAGCACAGAGUCGGAGUCGACUGCUUUCUUCAACUUACUAUAUCAAAUCGGUGGGCCUCUGGCUUUCCAUCCUCAUUUUAUGUUGCCUCAGCAUAGUAAUCUUUUUCAGAAGAUUUUGUGUGGCUCUUGGGGUGAGAUGAUUGUCAAAUUUAGAGCGUUCGAGGAUCUGAAAAAUGCAAAAUGUUUCGUGAAAUCAUUUUGUGGGUCUGCAGUGUGCCAAGGUUGCAGUUCAGAUAUACCUGAUGCACCAUCUCGAACAGAAGCUGAACAUUCUCUUUCACCCAAACCGAGAGUAUGGACAGCUCGAGAUGCUUGUGUCGACACAACUGACUUACGAUGUCACAUUGGUCCCAACCCUUGUGUCUUGACACUUCGCCAACCGUUCAACUAUCCAUUCAAUUGUCUGACCACUCUUCAUUUGGAGAAAGUUGGAAUUAGCCAUCUGGUGCUUUCUGGUGUCCCUCGUCUCAAGAACAUCACACUUGAGAACUGCCCAAUUCUCACAAGCAUUCUUCUCGCUUCUGUAACCGUUCCCUCCAAUUCAUCGAAGAUGCUGGAAGCAGCACCUUCCCUGAAGCGCGUUCGCAUCAUUCGAUGUCCAAAAUUUGCUAUCUGGAAUUGGCUGGCUGUCGCUGCUAGUCUCUAUCCUCAACACGAUGAGAAUUUGUUUAUUACCUAUCGACCAUUUGGUGCGUAUAACGAAUUGGUUGAACAAGCCCUAUGGCGUAAGAUUCAAGGUGCUCAUGUUACCGUCUCCCAUGACUACUCAAUCGAUCGCUCUGAACGUGCCAUGGAGGAAACAAACUCUGCCUUUGAACAGCGCUUCCGUGAGCUUAUGCACCUCACCGAUUUGAUCAACAUUGGGUCGAACCCUGAAGAUGAAAUUAACAAAGACCGGAAAACCAAAGAUGCCACCAAAUUAACUCGUCUCUUUCACACUGACAGGGGCGACAAUUGGAACCUUAUGACGGAUGCCAGUUGGAUGCCCAAGGGUGCACUUAAUCCCACAAUUGAAGUCUCUUUAACUACUCCGGUUCCACCCAAUGACAUAAUACAGGGUGCCUUCGAGCAAUCCGAAAUGCAGGUUAACGAAAUUCCUCUAAGUAAUGAUGAAAUUCGUGAAUCUGAGGCCCAAAAACGAAGGUUAUUCUCACGAUUCCUCAAUGAAUAUCGUGGCACGUAUUGUUUCCAUAGACGCGGAGUUCACUUUCAUGUCCAACAUCGUGAUAUUCAUGCCGGAAUUGUGGAUGGUGACAAGGAUGGGCAGUAUCUUCCUUGGCCCUACACCGACUCCUAUUUGAAGGCAAUGUCCCCGGAAGAUGAUUUUAACGUUUAUGGUGAUGGACAUGAUUUUGUUUUAAGAGAACAACUUCCUCCGCGUUUGCCAUCCGCAAUGAGUGGUGAAAGUGCUCCAUCGUCGAUAAUUAUGAAACGAGAGCACUCUUCGGAACCUGGAAAGGAUGAGGAGGAGGAGAUUGAAGUAGAUAUUAAGCACCCACGUUUAAAUGUUUUAGAGGACUGUGAUAAUUGCCCCAAAGAAGACCGAACUCAAAUUGGCGAGGCUGCUUCUUAA